AUGGCCAAACUCGCCGAGAAGCUCCCCUCUUUCUUGAGGCCAAAACCAGUUUUCAAUCAGCGCGUGGACACUGAGAAGAGAUAUCAUAUCUCUCGCGCGCUCUACAUCACUUUCUUGGUUGCUCUGGUCAUCCUUUCCACCGGCGUUAUUGGACUGAAGGCCAUGACACUCAACUUCAUUGAAGACAACGAGAACACGGGUUUUGUGUUCGAGACUGAGGAUGCCGAUGUGGAUUCUACUAUACUUGCAGCAUUACCAAGGAUGCUGUAUACUGCACCAGCAAAACUGGCAGUUGUGGCAGCCGCUAUCAGCAUCUUCGUCGGUUCUGGACACGCAGUUUUUGUUGUCAUGGAUUGGAAAGAAGGCAAAAGAACACAAACAUACUCCUUUCGACGCAACAUCAUGUUCCUUCAUUUUACCAACAGCAUCAUGGUACUAUUCUCGUUGGUAUCGAUAUUUGUCACGCAUAAGUCGACAUCGCAUUUCUUCGAGGGCUAUGUCAUUCGCAAGGCUGACCGCCCCGGAGAAGGUGUGCGGUACAAUAUUGGCACAUUCGAUCUUGAAACCUGGAGUUGCGAACUGAAGACCGUGGAGGGUGCGAAGAUGGUAUGGGAAGAUUAUUCGAGACAGUGCGACAUCGAACAAGCAGGCCGGGCCGUUAUGAUUCCCUUCAUGAUUGUUGCAUUCGUAAUCGCUGCUGUCGGCAUUGCAGACAUGAUGAAGUGCCGCCGCCAGGACGCGAAUGGUCUGACGAUGAAGACAGAAGACGUUAACGCAGAAUUCGGCAAGAUGAACGCGGUUUAACUAUCUAAGCCGAUCUUGCUAUUUUUCUUGUUUCUUUGAUGCUCUUAACAGUAAACGCAAAGUUCUGGGCAUUUUCGGGUGUUGGUGGUUCGCUGCAAUUAUCUUACGUCUCUACGAGUGUGUUCCUUUACUUGCAGACAUAAUUAUCGUCGCGCGCAGGUGCGAUCCUCGGCGAAUAUUUUGUUCAACUCGAAAAUUGUACGCGCUACAAUACCGACCUUCGUUACCGUAGACUGGACACUUCUAGCCGGCCUAGUUGUUUGUCAGUCCCGGGUGGGUUCUAGACCUUGUCGCUCGUUCAUGAAUCUUAGAAUCGGCUAUUCCAAGUGUUGGACGCCGGGAUGUUUGUUCUGUUCUUGUUGUAUUAGAUCAUUACCUACGUAUUCAUAAUGAAC